UUGUCGGGCAGACAAACGACCAACACCGCGCGCACCUCCGUAUACAAUCUGCGGGUUUCGCCCAGAUCUUCUCUUCUUGGCGGCUCAAAUCAGUUUCUUUCAGAUCACAAAGCGCAGCUGUUUGACGUGGAUUAUUUUCACUAAAAGGAAUUAUUUUUGAAAGCCAGCUGCACACCGAUGGAAAGGCUAACAUGGGGCCACCAAAUUCACUUGAAAAACUUUCUUUAAGCAUCCAUCAAACUACAGAUCUUCUGAAUCAAGAGUCCAGCUGUGUGUCCAGGAAGAGGAACCAGUCAAAACAGGAAAUCCAUCACCCAGGAGUGAAAAGGCUGAGGUCAAGAAUCCAGAGACCAGGGUCACCGGAAGUAGGAUGCAGCUACACGUCCAUGAAGAGCGAUCGGUCAAUAAGUCGCUUUAUAGUUUUUGAAGAGACACCUGGUGGAAGCGGAAUCCAUCAGGAUCCAGAUUCUGCCAGACCUGAAGCCAGCGGUGUGUCCCUGAAAAGCAGUCAGUCCAUGUCCAACCCUUUGAUGUUUUACGAUGGAUUGUCCUGCCCUGAAGAAGAAGUUGUGCAGCAGCACCAAGAAGACCUGGACCUGGACCUGGUCCCCACAUUUCAGGUUCUGCAGGAGAGCAUUGUCACCUUUGUGAAGAGUGAGCUGAAGAUGUUCCACAGGGUCCUGAGUCCAAACUGCCCAAAAUACUUGGAGAGGCAGAGUAAGGAUGAGGAGGUGGUGGAUGAGGAGGAGCAAGAGCAGUGGAGGCACAGCAGAGAGGCCUUUCUGAAGAUCACGUUGCAUUUUCUGAGGAGAAUGAAGAAGGAGGCGCUGGCCGACUGUUUGCAGAGCAAAUCUCCAACCAUGUGCCAGCAGAACCUCAAAUGCAAGCUGAAGAAGAAGUUCCAGUGUGUGUUUGAGGGGAUUGCCAAAGCAGGAAACCAAACCCUUCUGAAGGACAUCUACACAGAACUCUACAUCACGGAGGGAGAGUCCAAACAGGUCAACGAUGAACAUGAGAUCAGACAGAUUGAAACAGCAUCUAAGAAAACAGCUGGACCAGAAAGGACAAUCAGAUGUGAAGACAUCUUCAAGCGUUCUCCUGACAGAGAUCAACCGAUCAGAACAGUUCUGACAAAGGGUGUGGCUGGCAUCGGGAAAACAGUCUUAACACAGAAGUUCACUCUGGACUGGGCUGAAGACCAAACCAACCAGAACAUCUACUUCACAUUUCCACUCACCUUCAGAAAGCUGAACACGCUGAAGGAGAAAAAGUUCAGCCUGGUGGAACUUGUUCAUCAUUUGUUUCCUGAAACCAAAGAAACAGGAAUCUGCAGCUUUGAACAGUUUCAGCUCGUGUUCAUCUUUGACGGUCUGGAUGAGUGUCGCCUCCCUCUGGACUUCCACAACAACAGGAUCGUGACUGAUGUUACAGAGUCGACCUCAGUGGACGUGCUCCUCACAAACCUCAUCAAGGGGAACCUGCUUCUCUCUGCUCACCUCUGGAUAACCACAAGACCGGCAGCAGCCAGUCAGAUCCCUCCUGAGUGUGUUGACAUGAUGACAGAGGUCAGGGGGUUCACUGACCCUCAGAAGGAGAAGUACUUCAGGAAGAGAUUCAGUGAUGAGAAGAAGUCCAACAGGAUUGUCUCCCACAUGAAGGCAUCACGAAGUCUUCACAUCAUGUGUCACAUCCCAGUCUUCUGCUGGAUCACUGCCACGGUUCUAGAAGAUACCCUGCAAACCAGUGGAGGAGAGCUUCCCAAGACCCUGACUGAGAUGUACGUCCACUUCCUGGUGGUUCAGUCCAAACUGAAGAAGGUCAAGUACGAUGGAAGAUGUGAGAGCGAUCCAGUCUGGGAUCCAGAGAGCAGACAGAUGAUUGUGUCUCUGGGAAAACUGGCUUUUGAGCAGCUGCAGAAAGGGAACCUGAUCUUCUAUGAGUCGGACCUGACAGAGUGCGGCAUCAAUAUCAGAGCAGCCUCAAUGUUCUCAGGCGUGUUCACACAGAUCUUCAAAGAGGAGAGAGGCCUGUACCAGGACACGGUGUUCUGCUUCAUUCAUCUCAGCGUUCAGGAGUUUCUGGCUGCUCUUUAUGUCCAUCUGACCUUCAACAACUCUGGAGUCAAUCUGCUGUCUGAAAAACGUACAACUCAAACUUCAGUGAUGCAUCUCUACCAGAGUGCAGUGGACAAGGCUCUGCAGAGUCCAAAUGGACAUCUGGACUUGUUCCUGCGCUUCCUCCUGGGUCUUUCACUGCAGACCAAUCAGAAUCUCCUACGAGGCCUGUUGGCAAAUACAAGUAGCUCACAAACCAAUCAGGAAACAAUCCAGUACAUCAAGAAGAAGAUUGAGGAGACUCCAUCUCCACAUGGAAGCAUCAAUCUGUUCCACAGCCUGAAUGAACUGAAGGAUUCUUCUCUGGAGGAGGAGAUCCAGCAGUACCUUAAAGCAGGAUGUCUGUCCACGGAUCAACUGUCUGCUGCUCAGUGGUCAGCUCUGGUCUUCAUCUUACUGUCAUCAGAAAAAGAUCUGGAGAUCUUUGACCUGAAGAAAUACUCUGCUUCUGAGGAGGCUCUAGUGAGGCUGCUGCCAGUCGUCAAAGCUUCUAAAAAAGCUCUGUUGUGUGGCUGUAACCUGACAGAGAGAAGCUGUGAAGUUCUGCAGUCAGUUCUCAGCUCUGAGUCGUCCCGUCUGAGAGAACUGGAUCUGAGUAACAACGACCUGCAGGACUCAGGAGUGAAGCUGCUCUCUGCUGGACUGGAGAGUCCACAUUGCAAACUGGAAACUCUCAGGCUGUCUGGGUGUCUGAUCACAGAUGAAGGUUUUACUUCUCUGGCCUCAGCUCUGACCUCUAACCCAUCUCACCUGAGAGAACUGGACCUGAGCUACAACCAUCCAGGAGACUCGGCGGUUCAGGUGCUGCCCGCCGGACCGAAGGAUGCAGCGUGGACUCUGGACACACUCAGCAUGGAGCCUCGUGGUCCCCAGUGGUUAGAACCGGGUCUGAGGAAGUAUUUCUGCAAACUCACACUGGACCCAAACACAUCACACAAAUUCCUGAAACUCUCCGAGGAAAACAAAAGAGUGACCGACCUGAGGAAGGUGCACCUGUACCCAGAACACCCAGAGCGGUUCGGGUACUGGCCUCAGGUCCUGUGUGCCACUGGUCUGACUGGUCGCUGUUACUGGGAGGUGGAGUGGACUGGAAAGGUUUACGUAGCGGUGACGUACAGAGGAAUCGGCCGGAGAGGAGAGAGUGACACCUGCAGGUUUGGAGGGAACGAUCUGUCAUGGAGUUUGAGCUGCACCGAUGGCGCUUACACCGCCUGGCACAACAACAGUGGGAGUCUUCCUCUGUGCUCCGCCUCCUCCUUGGGGUCUCACAGAGUGGGCGUGUACCUGGACCAUCCUGCCGGGAUUUUGUCGUUCUACAGCGUGUCCGAGGACACACUGAUCCACCUGUACACAUUCCACAGCACCUUCACCGAGCCGCUGUACGCCGGCUUUGGCUACGGGGUGAUAGUGAACUCCUCGGCCUUCCUGUGUGGGCUGUAAUCUGAAACGCAGUCACAUUCCAAAGUAUUAAUGACUGAUGAUACAAGUACAGCAAAAAUACAGCAAAAACCACAAACCUGAGUACUGCUCUGCUGCUGCCAGGUCCCUUGGUGGAUGACCAAGCCUGACAACCAUCGAUAUCCACCAAAAUUGAGACACCUCUAGAGGUAGGCUCUGGAAUUGGUGAGAUCAAAUUGACGAUAAAGGUAAAUCAUUGGGGUCCAAGCUCAAAAUUCAAGUUUUUCACUUCAAUUUCCACCAAAAUUGGAACACAAAAGCGGGGGUGGGCUCAGAAAUUGCUCAACAAGUGGCAAAUUUGCCCAGUGCCAAUCCCUGGGGUCAAGGUCAUGUCUGGCUGUCUGUCUGUGUGACAGUUAGCCAGGUCAUCCCAGGUCCUUCUGCUGAUUUGUACCAAACAUGGACCAAGUGGUUCCAGAACUACCCUGGCAAGGUCAGCAAGAGGUCAAUAACGGGUGAAAUUCCAGAUCAUUGGGGUCGAAUGUCAGAUAGCCGUAGUCCUUACGGCUGCCUACAGGUACUGUUACUGUUACUACAUUUUUUUCACAUAUUUUCCUCCAAGAGGGUUUUACUGAACUUUCAUCUAUAAUUGUUUGUUUACCAAAACUUUGUACAACACAUUAUAGUAUUUAAAAUGUAAAUAGUCAUUGUUAGGAUUAUUAAGAAGCCUGAUUUCUUACGUAAGAUUGUAGAACGUGCAGAAAUAAAGGCCAAGUCAAUAUAUCGCGUAGGUAUUGCAAAUGUGCCACCAUGGGGAACCGCCCACCGUCACCAACCGAAACCAGUCCUCAACAAUGAAGCAGGAUGUAAAAUUUAUCUUUGCUACAUGAUGACAAUAAGUUAUUAGUACGGACUACACAUGCAUUUAAGAAAAAAGAGGAUUUUCUUUCCGUGAGGUUUAAAUUCAUGGGCACGAUGUUCUUUGACACCUCCUUGGUGGCACAUGGUCGACGAUGAGUCAGCACUUUAUUUCUUCUGUUGAUUAAAUAAAUUACUUAAUGAAAUAUACGGAGCACACGUAGUGCUAAUCUAAACGUUUACUCCUCACCUUAUUUAUGACCACUGUUACUAACACUGGAGAUAUUUGUCUUUGGCGCUAUGUCACUUUUUCAUUUACAGUAAAUCAUCACUUUUACAGCCAGUUUUCUUUUGGUCAAGUUGGGGAAUGGAUACAUGAACAUUUCCAAGUCACUGAAUGUCUUUUGGACUUCAUUUCAAUCAAUAAGAAAUAGAAAUAAAAUGCAAUCAGUGUGGUGCUGUGCAGUUUGAAAUGACCAUGUAAGGAGACGCCACCAAGACGCUCACUGAAAGAAAAGUGGCUGGAAAAGUGGUGAAACACUAAAUGGCUGUUUGCUGGCGUAUCUCAGAAUUUAUGAAACCUUAUGUGCCGUCCUGCAGGCGCAGGUUUACUCUGUGUUCCCAAAGUGAAAAAUAUGUCAGCACGAUGCAGAAUCUUUACUAUUUCAUGGAAUAAAUUAGCUGCUGACAUCAGUCUUUUAAAUCAAAACAUAUUUCCUACUAUUGACAAUUUGUGAUUUGUCUUUUGGCUCCUCCCCUUUUGCUUGGGGUCAUCACAGCAGAUUCUGCAUGGAUCAGACACAUUGAUUUUGCAUGUUUUACACUGGAUGACUUUAUGGGCACAACUGCAGAUGUACAAGGAGAAUAUUGCAUGGGUGGCCUCUAACUGCUUUAUUUUAAUUCCAAAUGGAGCUCAGGUGUGUCCGUCCAUCUGUGCUCAGUAUAAGUCCAGUCCCCUUACUGCCAGUCUUCAAAUUCACAGGGAGCAUUCUUGGGUCGCAAACCUUGGACAAGUUCAAAGAUGGCUAACAUGGAUGUAUUUUAAGAGGUUAAAAAGUCACAUUUUUUUUUUUUUUUGAGUGGCAUUAGUGACUGUCAGAGUAGAGCGGCACUGUGAUGUCAGUGGCUGGUCUCUCUGUAACCGCUUCCUUUAUGUAUUUAUAUAACAUGUUUCUCAUAUAUUCUUUAAAAGCUAGCAAGAAAAACACUUCUAAAACUAAAAACGCUGUUUUUGGAACCUAAUAACACCUCUGAAGUAAUUCAUAACAUUUCGCGGACGUUAGAGUGCACACUAUCUUCCGCUAACUCAAAGCUAACUUCCGCACUUGUCAAAAGCUCAUGUACACGCGCAUGCACGCACUCCUGCAGAUACCAUUAAAAUGUAAAUAUUGUUUGAUUGAUAGAUAAAGGGGCUUUUUGAAGAUGAACAAAUGCUAUGUAACACAAUGAUCUUAAUAAUUAAUUAAACAACUGCAUAUUAUAAAGACAAUACACGUAUGACCAAGGUGUUUUUUUUUGUUUUUUUUUAGCAUUGCGUUAUGUUUAAAUUUUUUACUUGUGUGCAUUCUUUCCCGUGUGCUCAUUGAUUGUUACUUAAAUAGUUGUUUUGUGCUUUGUUUUUUUGGAAUCAUUACAUAAAGAAAUGUUAUUUUAUUAUUCAAGUUGUGUUGUAAUGGUCAUGAGUAUAUUUUGUAUUAUCAGCUGUUACUAGCACUUCCAUGAAGAAAUGUGACAUGCUCGUGUACUGCAGAGUUUAUU